AUGCAUGUUCUCGUACGAAUAUUUUUAAUUAAAAUUGUCUUUGUAUAUAGUCAAUCGGACCGUUUUCCCGAUUGUGCAUCAGGACCACUUUCGAAAUUUCCAAUAUGUGAUCAAACACUUCCAUCUCGAGAACGUGCUGCCGAUUUAAUAAGUCGUAUGACUAUUGAUGAAAAAAUUUCGCAAAUGGUAACAACCGCAUCUGCUAUACCACGCCUCGGUUUACCUCAAUAUGAAUGGUGGUCAGAAGCUCUACAUGGUUUAGCGUUUUCACCUGGUGUCUCAUUUAACGGAAGCAUUUCAGCGGCAACUUCAUUCCCCAUGCCAAUUAAUUUCGGCGCUUCAUUCAACAUGCGUCUAGUUCAUCAAGAAACAGUCGCUGUUGCACUACACGCCGGUACAGAUCUCAAUUGUGGUUAUUUCUAUUAUAAUUACACGAAGCAAGCACUUGAAAAACAGACAAUUGUUGAAGCAGAUAUUGAUCGUGCACUAGAACGUACGUUUAAUAUUUUAAUUCGACUCGGUUGGUUUGAUCCUCCUGAACAACAAUAUUAUCGACAGCUAACAAAAGAUAAUGUUGAUACACACGAGGCACGACAAUUAUCACUGGAAAGCGCUCAAGAAGGUAUUGUGUUACUGAAGAAUAUGAAUCAAUCAUUGCCAUUAGAUCGCAAUCGAUUACUCAAUAAGAGAAUUGCUUUGAUUGGACCAACAGCGAAUGCAACGGAACUCAUGCAAGGAAGUUAUUUCGGCAAAGCUCCAUUUCUUAUCGACCCAGUAACAGCGAUAAAAGCGUUAACAACAGGAAAAUCAAUCGAUGUACAAUUCGUCUAUGGUUGUAAGAUAAAUGGUUCAGACGAAAGUGGCUUUUCAGCAGCUAUUGAAUUAGCUCGAACAGCGGAUGUUGUUAUCUUCUUCGGUGGACUUGACCAGACAAUCGAAAGUGAAACGAUCGAUCGUGUGUCGAUUGCAAUGCCUGACAUUCAACUGGCACUAUUACAACAACUUGAAAGAGUUGUUCAAUCGCCCAUUCGUGUCGUGAUUAUGUCCGGUAGUGGUUUAGAUUUAACGUAUGUUCGUGAUUCACCUCGUUUCGGUAGUCUCAUUUGGAUGGGUUACGCUGGACAAUCGGGUGGCUUAGCAAUAGCAAAUGUUAUCUUUGGCGAAUACAAUCCUGCUGGACGUUUACCGAUUACGAUAUAUCCAGCAUCGUACGUCGAUGCUGUUAGUAUGUUUGAUAUGCAAAUGCGACCAUCAAAAAAUAAUCCCGGUCGAACGUAUAAAUUCUAUACAGGUGAAGCUGUUUAUGAGUUCGGUACCGGCCUUUCCUAUACAACAUUUCACUACUCAUGGAGCAAUGAUACAGCUCAACGAUCAUAUUCAAUAUCUUCAUUGAUUGAAAACAAGAACGAUGCACAUCGUGUUCUUAUUCGAUCAUUUCGCGUGAACGUGACUAACAUAGGUACGAUGCCAGGUGACGAUGUAAUACUAGCAUUUGUCAAAGUGUCGAACACAGUCAUCGACGGACCAAUCUUACCGAUCAAACAGCUGUUCGGUUUUGAUCGUAUUCAUUUAGGGAUCAAUGAAACAAAAGAAGUUUUCUUUCCACUCAAUGUCGAACAUUUAUUAAUUGUUGAACAAGACGGUACAAAAUGGCUCUAUCCUGGUACAUACAAUGUACUCAUCGGACAACAGCUUGUAUAUGCAAUUGAAUUGUAUGGACCAUUUAUUCAAUGGCAAUCAAAAAGACAAUUUUCAUCCUCAUGA